AAUAGGCUAUAAUCUUCCUAACAAAACCGAGAAUGAAGGCCUGUAGUGUUGCAGUUGCAGUGGUACUCGUCCUCACAUGUAUGUUCAUCCUUGAAAGCACCGCUGUUCCUUUCUCCGAGGUGCUAACGGAGGAGGUUGGAAUCAUUGACAGUCCAGUUUGGGAACAUCAACAGCCUGGCGGCGAGUCCAUGCGUCUGCCGGAGCAUUUCAGGUUCAAGCAUCAGAGCCACCUCUCCCUGUGUUGUUGGUGCUGCAACUGCUGUCACAACAAGGGCUGUGGCUUCUGCUGCAAAUUCUGA